GCACAGGCGCUGCACGAACGUGCGUUGUCAGGCCGCCGAACACUGCAUGGAGAAGACCAUCCAGAAAUUUUCCGCUGCAAGAACAACCUUGCACUUGUCUUAAAAGAUCGCGACGACAAGACCCGCUUCGACUCCCAGAAGGCGGAGCAGCUCUAUCGCGAGGCGCGUGCCGGUGCCACGUCCCGUCUCGGCCUGGAUCAUCCAGACACGCUAACCUACGAGCACAACUUGGCCGUCUUGCUGGGAAACAACUCCGAAGAGGCGGAGAAGCUCUACCGCCAUGUUGUGGAGGGCAGAGAAAAGAGGCUGGGGCUGGAGAACCCGGACACGCUGCGAAGCCUCAGCAGCUUGGCGUGCCUCCUCGAGGUCAAAGGGGACAUGCAGAAUGCAAAGAAAAUGCAGUAUAUGGCCUACAAGGGCUUGCAACUGAGGUUGGGGGAAGACCACCCCCAUACUUUGACCUGCAUGAACAACCUGGCCAGCUUGCUGGUGACGCUGCAGCUCUAUGAAGAAGCUGAGCCCCUCUGCCGGCGUGCUCUUCGGAACCGGGAGCGCCACCUUGGCAGAGAGCACCGCGACACACUGACCUCGGUGAACAAUCUCGCCUUCUUGCUGAAGUCCAAGAAGAU